AUGAACGGAGUCAAGAUGGAGGUCGAUCCUCAGAUCAAACCCGACCCGGACACCAAGUCUCCCGGCGGCCCGGGGUUCGCAGACAUCGACGACAUGUACGAGGACACCGGCGAGCUCAACAUCCCGACAGAUUUUGCCGAUCGCCAAGUGUGGCUGACGCGCGUGCCGAAAUGGCUGUGGGAAGUGCUGUCCAAGGCCGAGGAUGAUGAAGAGGUGGAGAUUGGUCGCAUCCUGGAGUGGCAGGAGGCUAACGACACCAAGAGGAAGCUCCAACUGCGCCAGACGGUGAAUGACUUCACCGAAUACCCCAAGGAGUACAAGCUCAACGUCACGAACCCGCAACCCCUUAACGAAUUUGUCUUUUCCGAAAAAGAUCUGGAGGGAUACAAUCCCAACGCCUACAAGCGACCGGGUCGGCAGGGGCAGCAGGGCACUUUCGCCGGCCAAGGAACGGGCGUCAAAGACGGUAGGGUGGACAAGUGGUGGAACAAAGGCGGUCGGGGCGGAAAGAAGCAGCCAAUCCCCAAACACACGACUCUCGUAGCCCGGUCUUCACUCGACGUCAACUGCAUCCCCGUUGAUAAUGCCGAGCUGGCACGCUUCCGUAUGCGCGAGAACAAGAAGACGCAGCAGGCGUCCAAUCGUCUGGUGCUUGAGAACAACCUGCACGAAUUCACCCGCCUCAUUGGUGGCACUACGCCGGCUGGCAACCCCACAAUUGACAUCCAGGCCACCAGGGCGAAGCCAAAAUCCCAGGACAACAAGUUUGCCCGCAUUCCACAGAACCAGCUUCUGGACAUGCUGCUCAAGCUUUUCCAGGAGUACAAGUACUGGCCUAUUAAGGCGCUCAAGGACCGCACCCGCCAGCCGGAAGCCUACCUCCGUGAGACGCUGUCCAAGAUUGCUACUCUCGUCCGCACCGGCCAGUUCGCCAAUACGUGGAUGCUCAACAAGGACGCCGAGGAGAGCAACUACCUUGCCAACUUGGAUGAGACGGAUGUCAAGGAAGAAAUGGCGCCUGAACCGGAAUUUGGAGAAGAUGACGAUGAGGGUGACGAGGAGAUGGAGGAUGCCCUACCCGCGGCCGGCGAUGCAGCACAACUUCCGCAGCAGUCGACCAACUUCAGCCUGCAAUUGCUGCCCGCCCACGCGCCGCAGGCCUCGACCCUCACAAUGCUGUCUCGCUCGAUAGUACGGCGCUCUAUCCAGGGCGCCAAUGCCCUCCUGCCCGCCAUCCGCACCCUGCGCGUGCACGCAAGCCCUCUCUCCACCGUCUCGAACUCUCUCGAGCCCGGCAACGUCCCCAACGAGCUCAUCCGAUCCGGCGCCCACAAGACCUCCAGGCCCGCAAGAAGACGGGCUGAAGCCGCAUCGUCUCCCUCCGCCUCCACGCCCUCUUCUUCCGCCUCCGCACCACUUCCUUCCCCGUCCGCCGAAGCGCCCUCCCAAGGCACCACCCCCCUCUCGGACUCGGUCAAAGAGCUUCUGCCGCUUCUCCAGGCCCAGCAGCCUCACUACAUCUCCGCGCAUAUCCAUGCGAAGCCCUACCUCCUGACGGCCGGUGACACGCUGCGUCUGCCGUUCCUUAUGCACGGUGUCCAGCUCGGCGACGUCCUCCGCCUUAACCGCGCCACGCUUCUCGGAAGCAGAGACUUCACAUUACGCGCUCCCGCACCCGUCAAGGGUACGAGGGAGCGCCCUGGAACCAUUAUCCACUACUUGGACGACAGGCUGUUCGUAUGCAGGGCGAAGGUCAUAGGUGUGGAGAGCGAGCCGAUGAGGGUGAAGGAGAAGACGAAGAGGAGGAAUAGGCAUGUCAAGCAUGUGAAGAGCAAGCACAAAUACACCGUCUUGAGGAUCACCGAGUUGACUGUGAGGACGCCGGAGCAGGUGGAGGCCGAGAGCGCGAAAGCCAAAGCCAGACAGGCUAAGAGCUCCGCAGCAACGAUCCCAACCGCGCAAUAG